GUUUGCAGCAAAGAAGCGCAUGAAGGCUCAUCGGGAUGAGGCACCAGAUGCUCGCACCAGGCGUUUUGAGGAAGAGCGGAAGAAGUACUCAAGGUUGCUUGCCGCUGUGAUUCAGGAGGCACGGCUUCCAGUGGCACGUUUGGUUGAGACCUUAGAUGAUCAGGCUUCGGGGUGGAUACACAUCUUUGCGGCUAGGAGAGCAAAUACAUUGAAGAAUCGAUACAAGGCAUGGAAACCUUUUCGAGACUGGUUGGAACUUCAUCGAGGGAGAGUAUUUCCAAACUCUGUCAAAGACACUAUCGACUAUGUUCAACACAGGGUUGAUGACGGCUGUGGGAGAACAGUUCCUGAAUCUUUCCAUAUUUCCUUGACAUUGUUGGAGCAGGUUGGAAAAGUUCCGGAUUGUGAGCGCAUUUCAUCUGAUGAACUUUGGAAGUCACAUGUGAAGUCAUGGACUGCCGAGCUCUCGGAGGACGCCCCGCCUCGCAAGCCUGCAGAAAUGUUCACGGUCGCAAUUCUCGUGUCACUCGAGCUCGUAGUGGUUGAUCAGG